GGUACGGCAUGUAAUAUAAAUACGCUGGUGUCCUGCACGUUCGUCGGUACAAUAAUCAAAACCAAUGAUUCCUAUAUGUCCAGUAGUGUCCUUCACCUAUGUGCCGGGCCGGCUAGGUGAAGAUGCCAAAAUGGCUACCGGCAAUUACUUUGGAUUUACCCAUGGCGCUGCCGCCCAGUACAGUCAGCAGCCAACUGCCGGGGUAGCCUACACACAUCCCACCACAGUGGCCAGUUACACCGUUCAUCAGGCUCCGGUGGCGGCCCACACUGUGGCGGCGGCCUAUGCUCCCUCUGCAGCCACAGUGGCUGUAGCUAGGCCAGCGCCAGUCUCCGUGUCAGCGGCUACUGCUGCAGCUUAUGGAGGAUACCAGCCAGCCCAUACUGCCGCAGACUACGGCUACCCUCAGCGCCAGCAGGAUGUCCCGCCACCACCUCCGCCGGUCACCUCACAAAACUACCAGGACACCUAUUCCUAUGUCCGGUCCACAGCUCCUGCUGUGACUUAUGACAGCAAGCAGUACUACCAGCAGGCCACUGCUACAGCGGCCGUCGCUGCUGCACAGUCCCAACCCAGCGUGGCAGAGUCCUACUACCAGACAGCCCCCAAAGUAGGAUAUAGCCAGGGGGUUACAUCAUACACCCAGAGCCAGCAGUCUCGACAGGUGACCGUGAUAAAGCCAGCUGUUCCCAAUCCAGCCUCCUCCACCUUCUCCAUCUACCCUGUGACCUCCACUGUCCAGCCUGGGGCUGGUGGCGCCUCCGUGGUCCCUUCCUACUCUCAGAGCCCAACCUACAGCACAAACGCUGUCACCUAUUCUGGAACAUCAUACUCAGGCUAUGAGGCAGCAGUUUACUCUGCAGCCUCCAACUACUACCAGCAGCAGCAGCAGCAGCAACAGCAGCAGCAGCAGCAGCAGCAGCAGAAGCAGGCAGUGGCAGCGGUAGCAGCAACAGCAGCAUGGCAAGGGAACACUUUCACCAAGAAACCCCCCUUUCAGAGCAAGCAGCUUCGACCCAAGCAACCACCCAAACCCCCUCAGAUCCACUACUGUGAUGUCUGUAAGAUCAGCUGUGCUGGCCCUCAGACUUAUAAGGAGCAUCUUGAGGGCCAGAAGCACAAGAAGAAGGAAGCGGCGCUGAAGGUUUCCCAGAGCAGCACCAGCAGCAGUAGUGGAGGAGGAUUAUUGGCCCGCAACGCUCAGAACCAGCUCCGCUGUGAGCUGUGUGAUGUUUCCUGCACAGGCGCAGACGCCUACGCUGCCCAUAUCCGUGGAGCCAAACACCAGAAGGUGGUGAAGCUUCAUACCAAACUGGGUAAGCCCAUUCCCUCCACUGAGCCCAGCAUGGUCACUCAGUCAUCGUCCUCCACCACAGCUGCUCCCAGUAAGACCAACACAGCCACCCUGAGCACCUCCAGCAACAGCAGCUCUCUGUGCGCCGCCGCUUCCACCUACCUGAAACCUGUCAACAUCGUCAGCAGCGGGAUGGGAGGGGUGAAAAACACCUUGACUAACAACCUUUCUGCUGCCAACUCCACCUUAGCUGGGAAGAAAGUCAACACCCCCAAGAUCAACUUUGUUGGUGGAAAUAAAUUACAGACCACAGCGAAGAUGGACGAUGCUAAAGUGGAGGCUUCUAAGCCUGCAACGCCCUCUCAAGGUGACUCCAAGACCGAAGAUUCUCUGUCGGCCUUGGCCGCCCUACAGAGUGACGUCCAGCCUGUCGGUCAUGACUAUGUGGAAGAAGUCCGGAACGAUGAAGGCAAGGUCAUCCGCUUCCACUGCAAGCUCUGUGAAUGUAGUUUCAACGAUCCGAAUGCCAAGGAAAUGCAUCUUAAAGGUCGUCGGCAUCGCCUGCAAUACAAGAAAAAGGUAAACCCGGAACUGCAGGUGGAGGUGAAGCCCAGCAUCCGAGCCAGAAAGAUUCAGGAAGAAAAGAUGAGAAAGCAGAUGCAGAAAGAGGAGUACUGGAGACGGAGGGAGGAGGAGGAGCGCUGGAGAAUGGAGAUGCGGCAUUAUGAAGAAGACAUGUAUUGGAGACGUAUGGAGGAGGAACAGCACCACUGGGAUGACCGUCGCCGUAUGCCCGACGGGGGGUACUCUCAGGGGCCCCCAGGCCCUCCUGGUCUGCUCGGAGUUCGGCCUGGCAUGCCUGGCAUGCAGCCUCAGGGGCCUGUGCCCCCACGCCGGCCUGACUCUUCAGACGACCGCUACGUCAUGACCAAGCAUGCAGCCAUCUACCCCUCAGAGGACGAGCUCCAGUCCAUCCAGAAGAUCGUCUCCAUCACAGAGCGGGCCCUCAAACUGGUCUCUGAGAUAAUCACAGACCAGGACAAGGCUGAGGACGAAAAGGAAAAGGAAAAGGAAAAGGAGGAGAAAGAACCCUCUAAAGACAGAGCUCUGAAGGGAGUGAUGCGGGUCGGAGUCCUGGCCAAAGGCCUGCUGCUGCGGGGGGACAAGACCGUCAACCUGGUCCUGCUCUGCUCUGAGAAGCCCACCAAGAGCCUCCUCGCCCGCAUCGUGGAGCACCUCCCCAAACAACUAACAAUCGUUACACCUGAAAAAUAUGAGGUCAGCGGAUCCAACCAGGAAGCGGCGAUCAUCCUGACAUCCUGCACGGAGCCAAAGAUGACGGUGACGAUCACACUGACGUCCCCUCUGAUCCGAGAGGAGCCCGGUCGGGAUGGAGAUGUAACCUCGGGUAUGGUGAAAGACCCAGCGGACGUCUUGGACAGGCAAAAAUGCCUUGACGCUCUGGCUGCUCUGCGCCACGCUAAGUGGUUCCAGGCUAGAGCAAACGGACUUCAGUCCUGUGUGAUCGUCAUCCGGCUCCUGAGAGACCUCUGUCAGCGAGUCCCCACCUGGUCGCCCUUCCCCGGAUGGGCCAUGGAGCUGCUGGUAGAGAAGGCCAUCAGCAGCGCCUCCGCCCCCCUCAGCCCGGGCGACGCUCUGAGGCGUGUCUUUGAAUGUAUUUCCUCUGGGAUUUUACUCCCUGGUGGACCAGGACUGGCGGAUCCGUGUGAGAAGAGAACUGUGGACACCCUCACCACUAUGGGAGAGCAACAGAGAGAGGACAUCACCUCCAGUGCCCAGUUUGCUCUGAGGCUCCUGGCUUUCCGUCAGGUCUAUAAAGUUUUGGGCAUGGACCCCCUGCCACAGGUUAACCCCCGCUUCAACGUCCGCAACAGCCGCAAGCGUCGCCGUGACAACAGUGAGGGCACGGACAGCUUCGAGGGCGAGGGCAAAAAGGACAAGAAAGAUUAUGAUAGUCUCUAAGCUUCUCUAUUGUUAAUUUAAGAAAAGUACUAACGUGUCGUAUGUACCGGCUGAGGCCCAGUGUUGCUGUUUUCCUUUGUAAGCUACAGAAGUGUAUCACACACACACACGUAACCUGUGUGCUGUUUUUAGUUUAGAUCCUUCCAGUCCUGAGUUUUUACCUGAUGACAUUUCAUCUGUGUCCGUUUGAUUUGAAGUGGAGAUGUAGGAACAAAGCAUCAGCUCAGCGUUUAUCAAUGCUAAAUGUACGCUUCAUUCAUCUGCAGAGCUGCAUUAAGAGGUGGACUGUGUUGUUACGUUGUAAAGCAUUCUUUUGGCCAGCAAGUUUUUCUAUAGAGUACGAGUUUCUGUGCAGGUGAUGUUUGAUGCUGUGCUCGUGUUCUGUCUCCAUGCUAAGCUACACUGAAGAAAAAGGCGGGGCACUGCACUCCGAUCCAGAAGACGAUAGCGAUCUUUGUUCGCCCCAAACGUGGUUUUCUGUUGUUUUUCUUUCCUUGGAAGUAUUUGUAUAAUCUUUAAAUAGAUAUAAAGGUUUCUGUUUGUGGAAAUCAUGACCAUGUUCACACUGCGCACUGUUUUGGCUUUUUAAUGUUUUCCUUGAUAAAAAGGAGCUUUAUUGGCUUGCUUGCCUUUUAACUUGGUUAGGUCUAAAUUCAGUUCAAUACUGGAACAUGAGAAUAUAACUCCUGUCUGGGAAGGGGGGGGGGGGCUUGCUAAUGUAAGUGUUGGUCCUGCUGUGAAUGCUUGCUGUGCUUCUCAUCUGCUUUACAAACCCAGCAGCAGAAUAAAUACAUUUCCAGAUUGAA